AUGGAUACAGUUACGAUAGACAACAAUAUGCCGUACAAUUUUAACCCAGUUCUGAGUCUUACAUUUUUUAGCGCUAGCUUCACUUUGACGCUGUUUUCUUCUUUUACAUCUGGCCAGAACGUAGUGGUGAUUGAAGGCCCAAAGGACAGGGCUGUGCUAUUGGGGCAUAAUGCUGAACUCACAUGUCACAUAAACAAAACCGCAUCCGAUAGUAAUCAUGUUGUACAAUGGAUUAGUAGUUCUGCAAGGACUGGAGCAGGAAAACCUUUAACUGUCAAUGAGAGAGUCACGGCUAAUGAUAUGCCAAACAAAUUCUCAGUGUCUACAGAAAAAUCAUAUAAUCUAGGAAUUCAAAAUACAGAUCUAGAUGAUGCAGGCAAAUAUGUAUGUAAUAAUGUACUUAAAGGUACACCUAUUGGAGGUUUGGAACCACAACUUGUAGUUUUAGAACCUGAGCCAUGCUCAAUGCCAAAUAUAUCAACAUAUAAUGAAAGUGACGUCAUCACAUUCGCAUGGUCAGUCGCAUACGCAGGGAACCGUGACGAAAGCCAGAAACCAACCAUAAUAUGGACACUAAACGGUAUACGGCAGACAUCGAUAGCUAAUGAAACAACUCCCGGAGUGUUCAAUUCAACUUUUAUAAAAGAAGCUGAUGGAGAUGACGACCAGAAAGAGCUGAAAUGUUCAUUCUCUGUCCUGAAUAUCCAACAGCAUUGUUCAACCAAGUUGAAUAUUCAGUUCACUGCUGAUCCUUCUUUAGGACCAGGGCCUAUUGCAGGAAUAGUGAUUGGGGUUUUACUAGGAGUGCUAAUCGUCGCUGUGUUGCUAUUUUAUUUCCUCGUGUGGAAGAAGCGCCGCCCAACACAUGAAGAAGAAUAUUCCCAAGUCAAGAAAGGUGAACAUGAGGAACCAAAACCAGCACCUCGAACCCAACAAGAUGGCAGUGAUAAGUAGUUGAACGUCGAAGUUUCUUUGACCUUACAGACUACGAAAAGAAACACCUCUAUGAAGCGAUUAAUAAAGUUAAGGAAAAUGGCAAAUAUGAUGAGUUGGUUAGUUAUCACGUGGAAGGCAUGAAUAACCGAGAAAAAAAUAAAGCUCAUCGUGGACCAGGCUUUCUUCCAUGGCAUCGUCAAUAUCUACUCACUUUAGAAAUAAAAAUGAGAAAUGUAAUGAAUAACCCGAACCAGUUCAUUCCAUACUGGGACUGGGGAGGCGAAGCUGGUGUCAAAAUAUCCGAAUCUAAAAUCUGGGACGAUAUCAGCGGAAAUGGAACGGUUUCUGAUGGUCUAUUUGCAAAGCGGAAAUUAAAGCACAGUG